GUGGAGAAGCUUGAAAAGAAUAUUUCAAGGUUCUUGCAAACUACUGUGCAAGCUCAUGUGCAUCAUCUAAGGUUCGAUUCGGCGGAGAGGUUUGAUCGGCUUGAGGGUUCGGCUCGAAGGUUGGAGCAGCGGCUUGGAGCGAUGAAGAUGGGGGUUCAUGAGGGAGGGUGGUUGGAGGAGGCGGUGAAGAGGGUGAAGGAAAAAGAGAGGUGGUACGAGGGUGGUUUGGUAAAUUUGGGUGUGGGGGCAGGGAUGGAGAUGGCGAAGAGGAAGGUGAAGGAGAUGGUGAUUAGGAGGGACGAUUUGGGUGUUGUUGGGAUUUGUGGGAUUAGUGGAAGUGGAAAGACCACUUUGGCCAGGGAGAUUUGUAGAGACAAUCAAAUUCGCAAUAACUAUUUCCAUAUCAAUUAA